GUUUUAUUCGGAAGUCGAUGCAUUUCCUUUGCAGAAAAUCGAAAGGUGUCUUUGGUAUUUUGAGAAUUGUUUCACAUUUUAACGGUGUUUGCACAGAAGCCAAAAUGCCGUCAGCUCUCGUCCUUCUUGCAGAAGGUGCAGAAGAAAUGGAAACCAUUAUUUCAGUGGAUGUCCUACGCCGUGGCGGAAUUGACGUCACGCUGGCUGGUUUGGCAGGUGUGGACCCAGUGAUGUGUAGCAGAGACGUGAAGAUUGUCCCCGACAAGAGUUUGGACGAUGCGUUGAAAUCGGCUCCGUAUGACGUUGUUGUCUGCCCUGGGGGAAACGUUGGAUCGAAAAAUCUUUGUGAGUCGAGUGCUGUUGGUAAACUUCUCAAGGAGCAGGAGUCGAGCGGACGCCUAGUGGCAGCCAUCUGUGCAGGACCCACUGCUUUCCUCGCUCACGGAAUCGGCAAGGGAAAGAAAUUGACUUCGCAUCCAGCUGUACACGACAAACUAAAAGGUGAUUACAAGUAUUCUGAAGACCAGGUAGUACAGGACGGCAAGAUGAUCACGAGUCGAGGCCCGGGGACGACGUUUGAAUUCGCGCUGAAGAUCGUGGAGGCAAUUCAAGGCAAAGAGAAGGCCAACUCGCUUGUGAAGCCCAUGCUCAUUAAACUGUGAUUCACACUUGAAAUACGAUACAGACUGUUUGUGCUUCAUACUGACUGUUUGUGCUUUGGUUAUUUUUUUAAUUCAGUUUCUGUUCUCGGUCCGAAAGAAGACUUUUUUUUUUCUGAAGUUGAAUAGAAGUAAAGUUAGCUUCUGUACAUGUAUGGACAUCUUAACUUUUAACUUCGAAAAAUAAACAGUAAAUUUGAAAAUUAAAAAUCUUGAUGCAACUUCUUAAGUUUUAGAUAUUUCAGUUGCUAUUAUGGCUAAACUUGUAAAAAUGUAGUCCGUGAUAAGGCUGUUUUAUAUAUUGGGUUGGGUUUUUUUGUUUAUGCUAAUCUUCCCCCUCCCCCCACCCCCAAGUUCAACAUCCUCCUUUUGUAAAUUACAAGGUGGUGUAAUUUACACCACCUUGCCAACAGAUACCUGCCAUUCACCUAGUUUGGAUUUGUCAGUAUAACAAUUGCUUAAAACUAAGCUCAGAACAUAGUAAUUUUAAUAAAUAUUUUAUGAAUUUUCAAGGAGAAAAAAAAAAAAGUUAAAAUUUCUAAAGUACUUGUACUUGGAAUGUUGAACGUGCAAAAUUAAAUACAGUGCUUAUUUUGUUUUGAUUUUUGUUUUAUAAACAUAUCUUGUAAC